UGGGUAGUCGACGGGGUCUCCAGGCGACAACUAUGGCGGGGGAUGUGGGCGGACGCGGCUCCACGGACUCGGAACUGCUGUUGCACCCGGAGCUGCUCUCUCAGGAGUUCCUUCUCCUCACUCUAGAGCAGAAGAACAUAGCUGUUGAAAAUGAUGUCAGAAUAAACAAAGACAACCUAACUGAUCUCUAUGUCCAGCACGCUAUACCAUUGCCUCAGAGGGAUUUGCCAAAGAAUCGAUGGGGGAAAAUGAUGGGGAAAAAAAGAGAACUACAUGAGAUAAAAAAUGAGACUAAAAGGAGUAACACUGUAGAUGGGUUAAGGAAAAGACCCCUUAUUGUGUUUGAUGGAAACUCAACAAGUACAAGCAUCAAAGUGAAAAGGACAGAGAAUGGAGACAAUGACCGACUCAAGCCUCCCCCUCAGGCAAGCUUUCCCAGUAAUGCCUUUCGAAAAUUACCAAAUUCCUCUUCAGGUGUUCCACCCCUAAUUUUGUCUUCCAAUUUGCCUACGAACGAUAAGACGGAAUACAAUAAUAAUGACACUAAACCAAACCAUGACUUAACGCAUAGGAAAAGUCUUUCGGGUCCCAUGAAGUUACCACCUUUGUCCCCUGUUGGAACUACACCUGUGAAGUUGAAGCGAGCUGCUCCUAAAGAAGAAGCAGAAGCUGUGACUAUCCUGAAGCCCCCAGAAGCAAAGAGGAAGAUACAGCACGUUACAUGGCCAUGAAGGGAUAUUUCCAAAAAUGUAAAUAUAACUGUAACAAGUUUUUCAAACGAGUACACAUACAUUUGACAGUAUUGACAGAGAUUCUGAUUAUUGCAGAAUUUUCUUAAGAGGUUUAAAAUAGAUGAAAAAGAUAAGGUCUUUUCUCCCUCAAAAAAAUUCUUGCCUUUUACAUCUUGAUUAGGAAUUUCUUUUUAAAAUAAUGGUUUCAUCUACAUCAUUCAAAUUGGUCCUGCUCAAAUCAUUAACUACAGAUCUGGCAUAAAACAUUUAACCAACUUUAGUAAUUACUCUUACUAGUCUCCUUCAAAGUACUUGAGGAAAUUUGAGAUUUUUUUUUAUUUUAGUAGUUUACUACCAUUUCUGUUAAUUUACUUUCCUAAGCAGAAGUAUAAUAAUAGUUCAUUGCAGCAUUUUAGUAAAUUCCAUAUGCAUCCUCAAAGGUUCACCAAAGAAAGCAUCUUGAUAAAUACUGAUGGAGAAACGAUUGCAAAUAUGCAGAUAUAAUUGCUUUCUUCAGUUGCUUAUAUCACUUCUUCCUUUAACAAGCAAAAGGAAAGGCAGAGCUCCUUCCCUGAGAUCAUACCAAAGGAUUGGCUGUGAGCUGUCUGAAGCAUCCCUUAUCUUGUAGCAGUCCUGCCUACUCUUGUGAGUAGCCUGUGAUCUCACUCUGUGAGUUUAACUCUUAUUCCCUCCUAGGAGCUUAAUCUCUUAAAAAUAAAGUUGAUUUAAAAA